AUGGCUAGAAAGAAAACUGGAGCUAAAAAAGCUCGAGAGGAAGCUCUCAGAAAACAAUUUGAAAAGGAUGAACUAUCUUCUGCAUCUGUGACUGACAAAGAGUCUACUAUUAAGGAAAAGCAACAAAACAAACCUCUUAAAAAAGAUUUGAGCAAAAAGAAACAAGAGCCCGAGGAAGAUAGCGAAGAUUUCAACGAUGAUGAGUCAUCUUCUGAUGAAGAUGAAGACGAGUUUGGUGAUUUGAUCACUGAGGAUAUCGAGGCAGGAAUCAACAAAGUUUUAAAGGUCAUCGACGAAAAUCCUGAAGUUUUGCUCGACAAAAAUACAAAGUUCUUUGGCGAUAUCAAAGCACCUUUUAACAAUGAGCGCAACGAAAAACAUAAGCCCAUUUAUCUUAAGGAUUACCAUAGACUGCGACUUUUAGCGACAGAAAAGGAUGGUUUUGAUGACGAUGAUGACGAGGAAGAAAAUGAAGAUACCGAGAAACCUUACGCUAUUCAGCAAAAAGAGGAUAAAGCAAACAUUAUUGCCGAAAUCAACAAAGCUACUAAUAGUGGAGACGAAGAUUAUUCUGAUGAUGAUGACGAAGACUUUUUCAAAAAGAGAAAAGAACAAAGAACUGUCGAAGCUAUUGAGCUACCUAAUCCGGAAAAAGAUUCAAGCAAAUUCUUGGAAGAAUACCUUAAUCAAAAAGCCUGGCUUCCUCGCACGGUUGAUAAGAAGACUGGAGAGCUGAUUGUACCAUCAUACAAUGAUCUAGUGGAGGAUGACGAGGAGUUUGAUGAGAACGCCGAGCAAUUUGAGCAAGCCUACAAUUUUCGUUUUGAGGAUCCUAACAGCGCAGAAGUCAUGUCUUACGCUCGUUCACAAAAUACAAUUCGCAGAGAAAAGGAAUCGAGCCGUAAGCGGAAGCGUGAUGCCAAGAAGGCUACUCAGGAAGUUGAAGAAGAAAAACAAGAAGCGGAACUUUCGCGACUCAAAAAGAAGAAAGCAACACAAAUUAUGGAUAAGCUGGGAAAACUUAAGCAGCAGUUGACAGAAGAUCCUGACGCUGAAGAGCUUGCCAAGAUUUUCACAGAUGACUACUUGGAUGGCGACUUUGAAGGUGACGAAUGGGAUAAACGUAUGCGUAAAGUUUUUGAUGAGGAGUUUUAUUCCAAGAAGCCUGAAAAGAUCAAUGGAGAUGAGGAACUUGCUGAUGAAGAAGAGGGUGAAAACGAAGAAGAACAGUAUGAUGAAGAAGAUGAAGAAAUUCCUAAUGAUGGAUACUAUGAAGAAGAAGAGGAAGAAACAUCCGGAAAAUCCAGAAACCAGCUUAAAAAGGAGGAGAAGCUUAAGAAGAAACAAGAGAAGAAACAACUUCAAGAAGCUGCUCAACGAGUUGUUGAAGAAAAUGUCAAUCUUCUCAUUAAGGAAGAAGGAUCCAACACACUCAAGAAGAAGCUGGAACAACCCAAAUUCCGUUACCGAGAAGUGUCACCGGACUCUUUUGGUCUUACAGCACGUGACAUUCUUUUGGCCGAAGACCAAGAUCUUAACCAGUACGUAGGUUUGAAGAAGCUUGCGGUUUACAGAGACGAGGAAAAGAAAGAAAAGGAUCGUAGACGUCUUGGUAAAAAGAAGAGAUUGAAAGAGUGGCGCAUGAAUGUUUUCAACACUAAGGAGGAACCUGAUGAUGCUUUGGUGGAACGGAUUUUUUCUGGAAAGAAAAGACAAGACGAUUCCGAACAACGCCCAAAAAAGAAGUCUAAGAAGAACAAAAACUAA